AUGGAACCGGGACCCCUCACUCAUGGAUCAGUUCCUCGUUUCGGCGAAUGGCCUGUUGACCCGCAGGAGGACAUUCCUAUCCAAAAAGACCGCAUUUGGGUGGAUGGCUGUUUUGAUUUCAGCCACCACGGUCAUGCCGGAGCGAUAUUACAAGCCCGGAAAUUGGGCAAGGAGCUUCUAGUCGGCGUUCAUUCGGAUGAAGAAAUUCUAGAGAACAAAGGCCCGACUGUUAUGACACUUGCUGAACGAGUUGCAGCUGUGAACGCCUGUCGAUGGGUUACAAAGUCGGUUCCCCAUGCCCCUUACGUAACUUCGCUGCCUUGGAUCUCUCAUUAUGGCUGCCACUACGUUGUUCAUGGUGACGACAUCACUUCAGACAGCGACGGAAAUGACUGUUAUAGAUUCGUGAAGAGCGCAGGGCGUUUUCUUGUCGUGAAGAGGACUCCAGGAAUCUCGACCACCGAUCUUGUUGGGCGCAUGCUCCUCUGUACCCGGAGCCACUUUAUUAAGUCCUUGACUGCUCUUUUGGCUGGUAAUGAGGGUCCUGGCACUCGUGAGGAACUUCAAGAGCAUGCGAAGCAAUCCCUUCAACGAAUCAAAGACUACGCCUCUGAUGAAACUGGCCUUAAGCCUGGGCCGGCGGUAUGGACUUGGACGACAAGUUGUCAAGGAUAUAAUGACAGCCUGCCUACUCUACCAACGGGUUCUUUUGGACAAAUAUUCCAAGGCAAAGGGCCUCGACCUGGUCAACGCCUUGUUUAUGUUGACGGUGGUUUUGAUCUGUUCUCUUCAGGUCACAUAGAAUUUCUUCGGCGUGUACAUGAAGAGGAAAAAGAGCUAGGCUCUCGCCAGCAGUGGUAUUCGCCGGGUCGCGUCGCUGCGCGAUUAGAGCAAUUCGGCGAAGAUUACGCCCCUGCAUAUGUCAUAGCCGGCGUUCAUGAUGACGAAGUUAUCAACAGUUGGAAAGGCCUAAACUACCCGAUCAUGAACAUAUUUGAGCGUGGGCUUUGUGUUCUCCAGUGUCGUGUGAGUGGUUCGAGAAUGUUUGAUUCUCCAACCCUUGUUUUCAUAACUAAUUCCUACUACCAGUACAUCAACGCCAUCAUUUUUGGGGCUCCAUUUACACCAUCAGAGUCGUUUUUACGAUCUCUCCCGCUCGGAAUGCCUAACGCUGUUUACCAUGGGCCUACUACUUUCAUUCCCCUCACUUAUGACCCUUAUGUUGACCCAAAAAGGAUGGGUAUCUUUAAAGAAAUUGGCUCCCACCAAUUUCAACAUGUCAAUGCAGGUGAAAUUGUCCAAAGAAUCCUAAAAAGUAGGGAAGCGUUUGAGGUACGACAGAAAACGAAGCUCCUGAAAUCUAUCGGCGAGGAAACUAUAAAGCAGAAAGAACAAAACAUCGAACUUCGAUCUUCUAACUAG